UUUCGUCACAUUCGUCACAGUGUCCACGCGAGGCUCACGGUGUGCGCGCGCGUGUGCAAUAAACCACAUCGACGAGCCCCGUCCGUGCCGAGCGUCAGCGUACCUCGCGUACGUAAAACGGAGCUUAUCGGUGAUCGAUCGAUCGCGCGCGUGCGACAGACGAUUCGCCGCGACGCGGAUACGCGGGAUACGUGGGACAAUCGGCGGCGAUCGGCGACGGCGACACGUCGUCGAGGGAGUAGCGCACGACGAUUGUCAGCUUCGCGAGGGCGAACCCUCUCUCGAAUCGUCAUCCUCGAAAUCAGCCACCUUUCUUCGCUCGCCCGCGCCGCCCCGCCGCGCCGCCCGGGGGAAAGCUCCGAGUCGAGGGUGACAGCCGGAGUCGCGGAGUCGCUGGCGAUCGCCACGCGAGGGACGUGAAUAGGUUUCGCUUCGUCGGGCCGUGAAACGGGGUGGUGAAACGUAUCGCGUAUACGCUAUAUACACGUUCUUCCCUCCCGCCCUCUUCCCUCCCGUCCUCCAACGCCUCCGCCUCCGCCUCCACUUCCACCUCCGCGAUACGAUCCGCGGAGCGACCUCGUAUCCGUAGUCGCGUGUGUGUGAUAGUGGCAAGCAAAAGGUCGCGCGCGCUGCGCUGCGUAUUUGGGAGGAUUCCAAGUGGUCCAGCAGUGUGUAUCCCCGCCGAGUGGAUCGAAAUUAUGUUCGCCAGGGGAUAGCCCGCGAACGAGACGCGCACACGACAAACGAGAGUGGUAUUCGGGGCGAGCGAGCGAGCGAGCGAGCGAGCGAGGGAGCGAUCGAACGAGGGGGAGGCAGGAGGAAGCUAGGAAGGAGGCAGUUUCGCAACGAGCAGCGCUUCGCGUAGAAGCGUCGCGACGACAAUGACAACGCGCGUCGCCGAGUGAGCUUGGCUCCCCGACAACCAAGAGGAUGCCACGGAGACAGGGUCGCUGCCGAAUCGUACCGGGGCGACACGGCGUCAGUGGGAUCUAGAGAAACGUUUCCUGAGGAGAGCGAGUGGAGCAAUCGGAGGACGAGGGAGAAACGAGAACGAGAUUAUACACAUGCCUUGAGUCCGAGAAAAAUAGAUCGAGGCACGAUAUAGAAGGUGGGAAACCAAAGAAGAAAAAGAGUAAAAGUUAGAGAGAGAAAGAGAGAACAGCGCAAGGAAGAUAGCGAAGAGCGAAAGACAGAACGAGGAGGAAGUUAUCAACGUGACAAGGAGGAUCACAAAAGUCUUUCGAUUUCUGAAGCUCCUCUCCGUGGGUGUUUUUACGCGUGCGGCCGUGGAUCGAUAGUUUGUCUCGCACGCUCGUGCUGAACGGGAGUUGCGAGUUACGACGGCGAGUUACCCUACGUAGAGGACGCGAUCGCGAGCGGUCCUCUUUCGUUCGACAACAACGACAUCCUUGAGCCGCGAGUAACGAGGCCCGUGGGAGACGAGGAGCAAGUUUCCAAAGGGGCCUAGCUGGUGGGUGCUGGUUAUCGCGACAGUCGUCAACGUCGCGAAGACGCUCGGCGAUCGCAAGCUCCGCGGUGAUUUAUGGGGGAUUACAGCGCGACGAGCCUCUUCUCGAGUACCCUGACCAGCCCGAAACCUAGUACGACCACAAGCAACAUCAGCAGCGCCGCCGUCACCAUAACGACAUCCACGAUGCAGGACGAUCUACUGAUCGAGAAGCAAACUACCGGCAAGCCCGCUCCGCUCUCGCCGAGCGGUGGUCUCGACACCGUGGCUGGACAGGACAAAUCGAAGGACGUGAUCGAGGCGGAGAACAUCGCCAUUACCCCGACGACGCCCUCGUCGACAGAGAAAGACAUCACAUGCAGCACGACAUCAGCUUUGCAGGGCUUCGCUGAUCCCGGUGGCCGUGUACCUAGCCUCUGGUCCGCGCCCGAUGACGGCGGUCUGCACACCGCGUUACCAGUCAAUGGUUCGAUCGCUGCCUUUCAGAAUUUCCCAGCCGGUGGACCCGCGGGGCUUUUCGCCAGCACCGGUGCCGCCGCCGCGGUUUCGACCGGCACACGACGUGCCAUCACGGCUAGUCACAAUUUUCCGCAGCAGCAACAACAGCAGCACGGUAACGCGGGUGCGCCCACCGGCACCAGACACGGCGGUCUGCAGGUGUCGUCCGCGCAGCAGCAGCAGCAGCAGCAACAGCAGCAACAACAACAACAGCAGCAUCAACAGCAGCAGCAACAACCUCCGCCGACGUCACACCCAAGCGUCUAUCUGCCCGGCAAGGGAUACGCCGCGUGGUCAGGCGGACCGCAGGCCCCGCAACAAUGGGGCGCGGGCCCGCAAGCGGCCGCUGCUGCCGCAGUCGCCAGUCCGGGCCUGUCUCCCUGGAACCGUGGUAGAUCCGUACCUAAUAUACCACCCCUGCACUCGUCUUUACACGCCGCCGCAGCGGUUGCGGCCGCAGCCGGUCUGCAGGGGCGCAAGCCAAGUCCGACGUUCCCGGGCCAUCCGGGCCCGGCAGCGGCGCAUCCCUCCUGUAUCAGCCCGGUCAAGUUCCGUCGGAGCACGUCGUAUCCCGGCAAGGGCAACAUAUAUCCACCUCAACCAGCACCGACCUUCGAGGUAACCGCCGCCGAGGAGAGGGAUCUGUUGCAGCUGCCACCGUUUCAGCAAGAUCGUAUGACGGCUAAUGGAAACUCACCGUUAGACAACAUGAGGACUUUGGAACACUAUCUGAGCGACAUUAUGCGAGCCGGCGCAGCGGACACCCCAGAACAUCUGAAAGGAUUCAUAAACUGCAACACCGCCAACACGUUGCAGUCGCUCGCGCAGCUACAUGGUAAAUCUCCGUUCUUCCCGAGUCUCGAUGAGCAAGGGCUGGAGGAUCCGAAUGCGCCGAGCCAGUUGGACGGUGUCGGCGUUGGCGUCGGAGUAGGCGUCGGCGUCGGCGUGGGUGGCGGGAUAACGGCUUCUCAAGCGGCGCCGCUCUCGUCGCCAAGUCGGAGCAGUCCGCACAGCCAGGGCAGCGAAACCGGCGAGCGUUUCUCGAGGAAAGUCUUCGUCGGCGGAUUACCGCCUGACAUUGAUGAAGACGAGAUCACAGCCAGUUUCCGCCGUUUUGGUCCGCUUGUCGUGGAUUGGCCGCACAAGGCAGAAAGCAAAUCCUACUUCCCUCCGAAAGGUUACGCAUUUCUGCUGUUCCAGGACGAGGGUUCGGUGCAACAGCUGAUAGAUGCCUGCAUCCAAGACGAGGAUAAGCUUUACCUUUGCGUAAGCUCGCCCACGAUCAAGGACAAGCCCGUGCAGAUCCGACCUUGGCGGCUCAGUGACGCCGACUUUGUGCUGGACGCCUCCAUGCCGCUUGAUCCGCGAAAGACAGUCUUUGUCGGCGGGGUGCCGCGGCCGCUCAAGGCAGUCGAGCUCGCGAUGAUCAUGGAUCGGCUUUAUGGUGGUGUCUGUUAUGCUGGCAUCGACACCGAUCCUGAGCUCAAGUAUCCCAAAGGUGCCGGCAGGGUCGCCUUCAGUAAUCAGCAAAGCUACAUAGCUGCCAUCUCAGCCAGAUUCGUACAGCUGCAGCACGGCGAUAUUGACAAAAGGGUUGAAGUCAAACCAUAUGUUCUGGACGAUCAGAUGUGUGACGAAUGUCAAGGCCAGCGUUGCGGAGGCAAGUUUGCACCGUUCUUCUGCGCCAACGUCACCUGCCUACAGUACUACUGCGAGCAUUGCUGGGCAACUAUUCACUCCCGGCCAGGUCGGGAGUUCCACAAGCCGCUGGUGAAGGAGGGCGCGGAUCGGCCUCGGGCCGUGCCUUUCCGUUGGUGUUAACCCCAGCUGCGUUGUCCCUAAUUAUCUCGCAGCCCUAGCUAAUUAACUACCACCUCUACCAAUAUCUCCCCACCCUCCCCUCACGUGCCCCAACCAACCCUCACUUCCCUCCGCCUCCCAUAUUACUUACUUACUUACCUACAACAAGAACACAGCCUCAAAACUGCUAUUACUACUACUACUAUUACUACCACCACUCGAUCGUUACGUACUAUCACUACUCUACUCUAUUACCACUAUUAUUACUAUUACUACUACUACCACAACUACUAUUCUACUACAAAUUAUUACUACUACUACUACUACUACUACUCCACUGCUACUACUUCAAGUUGUACCGGUUAUACUGGAGGAAGAAACCAGCCGCUGUAGAUCGCCAAUCGAUGCAGGUUCUUGGCGUUACUCCGAUCUUCGACCUCGCAUCCAUAACUACUUGCUAACGAUCGCCGAUAUCAUCGUCGGGCAAAACUAUGUCCAUCUAGAUGACUUUGCCGAACCGGAAACGGAUCUUGCACCCGACGAAGGCGCCGGAAGGCAGCCAAGAAAAGAGGGAAUGAUCGGAUCCACGCCAAGCCGAUAUCGUCGAGCCGAAAAAAACGAAGAAGAAAAUGAAGAAAAAUACACGCCGAGACACAGGAUUCAGAAGAGAAAUGGACACGGAUUCUCAGUAUAUCGAUUACUCGUACACAUAUAAUCCUAUCUGUCUGCGCUGUAAAAUGCACCGGUUCUGUCCGAAAGAUCGAGUUGUUAGUUACCGCGAGUCUCGAGGAGCGAGCAAGCGAGGGAGGGGCUGCCGCCGUCAUCAUCGCCGACCUCGUGUACGCACCCCGCGCCAAUUGUCGGCAUCAAUCCUCCUCGAGUGUUUACCGAAAUCGCCGGCAGCGCGAUUGCGAUACGGAUCCGCCUCGUGCUUGCGUCUCGUUCUGCCGCGGAUCGCCCCUUCCAAGUUCGACUGCCGCAUGCCACGAGAAGGAAGGAGUUUCUUCCCAUGUCGUCCAUCCCGAUCGAGCGAAAUUUUGAUUUUGCGAAGCGUGUCAUCCUGAUGGACGUUGGCGGAAGCGACUUCUUGACAAACGGGGCUCGUGUUUUCCCACCGACGUCGUCCAUUUGGACAAAAGCCCGAACGAAAACCCGCGCUCCCGAGCGACGUAGUGAUUCCCGCGCGACGAAUGUUCGUAAGAAACGCGAGUACCUGAUCCGACGCGAAAGUGUGUUGUCAGAGUGAGCGAAUGAGAUUGGAAGAGCAUGCGAGAAAGAGACGAGGAAAGAAUGAGGGGGUGAUAGUGGAAGCAGUGACAUCAGAAAAGACGCGUAGGUGAUGAGGGCCGGUGGGAAACCUGGAAGAGGGUAAUAGGGAGAGAGGAUAUAGAGAUGAUAUAAAGAGAGUGACAAAUCGUCCGCAUUGGAUAUUAAUCAGUAAUGAAAAAAGCCACGCUUCAACCUGCUGUGUAGGUAAUUCUCUGUAUCACAAACCCAAAACACACAUACACACACACACAUUCGUACAAACAUGUACACAUAUACACAGUUUUCUAGUUAUUAAGAACUUAUUAAAAAUAUGUUACAUAGAGAUGCGUUGUGUAAUGCGUUUCUUGUACGGAUAACGCAACCGCGCGCUCAUAGGGAAACAUUCGACAAAAUGAUUUUUUACUAAUUAACUUAUUCAAGUGAGAAGAAAAUAAUGCGUAGAUGAAAACAUAAAAGAAACAUAAGUAGGGGAACUGAAAGUUUAGGGAGAAUAGGUGUCAUACGGGUGACGGAAGGAGAGGUAAAACGGAAAUCGAAGUAAUUUAAUUUUUCGAUCGCGAACGGCUGUAUAUGACAUCGUGGCGGCGUGCUCCAGGUUGUCCAGGCCUGCCUAAGCUAACAUCCGCGUGCCGAGUUCUCUACCAAUUUUCUUUCCCAAAAAACCGAUGUGAGUUACCUUCACGAACCUUCGCGCGAGAAACGAAGGGGUUGCGAAGUCGAGCUCUCGAAGAGGAAAAAGGCCCGCUACUCGCUCGUGGGGAACGCGAGAAUCGAGGGUUGCUGCUACCGCCGUCGAUGACGAAUUUUACAUUUUGACUUUAUUACUACUACUACUAUGUGCAAUAUAAACGGUCACUCUUCGUAGUUUACGCUGACGAGAACGAUCGGCAAUACGCUAAGCGUAUUUUCGGAAUGCGACGUGCGCGCGAUUUCCCUCCUCCUCGAAAACGUUCGACAGUAAGCACGGAAUGUCCGCGAACAUCCGCGUCUGAACUCGUACAUCCCUCUUCUUCGCGAAACGAGCGGUGUACCUCGCUGAUCCUUUUUCGUGGCGAAACGAUCUCGCGCGCUCGACUUUGCGAAAGAUCAGGAAAAGAGACGCUCGUGCAAAACGGGACGCAAAAGGGGUGGUGUCGUUUCUCGAAACCAAAGUAGCGAUAGAAACCGUGAUUCGCGGAAUACCGGAGCAGCGUGUUAUACAUAGAAUGAUCGUAUCUAAUUACUCUCUUCAUACGUCCGAUAGAUGAUUUGCAAGAGUGUGCGGCGCGUCUUGAGGGGGUCGCGUUUCGCGCGGAACAUUAUAGAUUCAUACAUUAUAUAUAUAUACAUAUAGAGAACGCCGCAUGUUGUCCGCUCCUGUACAUACAUACUGAUCCCUCUACCCUAACUGAUUAAUCAAUUAACCGGCGUUUAUUAAUUGCGACCGCGAGUGUGCACGUUUUCUUAAUCCCUUCAAAAUGAAACGGACUUUUUCGCUGGGUGUAUAUAAUCAAACGCAAUCGCCGUAGUUCAAGUAAAAGGAUGAAAGAAAAAAAAUUGGAAAAGGAGGGGGGGAGAAAAGAACUUCACUUUUCGCCGAGACGUAGGAUUUCUAUACCCGAAAGGUUUAGUAUAGAGAGAGUCUUGUGGUUGGACAGAUAGCAGGACCUCUGUAAAUUUCAAGCAUGACGCUUCCUAGCGCUCGUCCUUUUAGCAGAUGCGACGGUGAUCCCGGCAAAGUUUAAUCGACGAUUUUUCGACGCGUUUUACCGAAAGCAAUUUCUCGCACCGCCACUCGUCUCUCAUUUGACAAUAUCUUACAAUACGUAACAUAGGAUACUUUUGAUAACUCUGUAGUAGAGGAGGCAGGCUUAAGCGCUAAUACCGGACAUUCGUCACCUCAUUAGUGACUCUUUUGUUGUGCAAAAAAAAGGCGUGUCUUUUCACAAUACUUCCGACAAUAGCCGGAUUGUUCCUUCGCGAGACGGCCGAAAGGUUGUGGGGCUGGGAAGCGUCGUACUCGAAAUUAGUAUGCAACGUUGUGUGUUCCGCUUCGUAGAUAACAAAA